AUGCCGCUGCACGUCAGUGCCCAUGUGCUCCUGCUGCUGCUGCUGCUCGCCCGUCCGACCUUGGCCCCAGGACACGGGUGCGUUCGCACGGUGCGUGAGUCACGGCUGGAGAGAGUGACUGGUGCGGAGUGGGCACGGGUGCCGUGUGCCGGGGUUUCUCGUCUCCUGGCGCAGGGCUGGAGCCUGGAGCGGGGACGACCCCACAGUGACCGUCAUGACCCCUCAACCUGUCUCGUCCACAGGCGGCCGGCGCCACGGGUCGUGUGGACCAACCGGACGGUCAACGUCUGCUGUGAUGGGUCAGCCGGACCCUCUUGCCCACAGGACGCUGAGUUCCUGGGUCGCUGCUACACCACCGCAGCCUGCUGGCAGCUCACCUGGGGCAGCAACGCAUCUGACGUGUCGAUGGAGAGUUGCUGCGGCGAUCAGCAGGGUCGCAGCUGGAGUAACCGUGCCGGAGUCUGCCUCCCCUGUCCCCCCCUCACCUCGACAGAUAUCACGGGUCAAGGGUCAGUGGUCAGAUUCCGUGCCCCACGGGCUGCAUCCACUCCACUGCCCCUCGGCGCGGUACUUCUGGGCUCUGGCCAGGUCUGGCCGCUCGGCCCGACGAUGCUGGUCCCUGGCCGUGACCGGCCGCUCGGCCCGACGAUGCUGGUGUCCGGCCGGGACUGGCCUCGGGCGGCCUGCGUGACCUGGAGCGGCGUCCACUACCGGACGUUUGAUGGCCGGCACUUCACCUUUGGGGGCAGCUGCACCUACACGCUGGCCGCAGGGCUGGACGGCACCUGGAGCGUCCACCUGUCCACCCCGCCCUGCACUGGCAGCGUCCGCACAGAGUGCCCCAAGGCGCUGAGGGCCAUGUUUGGCCUGGACCUGGUCUUGAUCGAGAAUGGAACCGUUGUCAUUAAUGGGGCACUGCUCUCCCCGGGGCAGUCCCACCUGCACAGUG